AUGCAGUUCGAUCCUUGUCAGUGGCCAAAAAUUGUGUCAAACUUUUCGUUCAUUUCUCAUCCAUUUUUCUUGUCACUCUUUUUCAUUCAUUUUCUUUUCAUUCUUUUUCAUUUUCAUAUGUGUUUCUUUUUAUUAUUUUUCCAUUUUCGUUCAUUUCUCAUUCGUUUUUUAUUGUCACUUUUUUUCUUUUCAUUGUUCGUUUCUUUUUGUUUAUUUCUCAUUCAUUUUUCUUGUCACUCUUUUUCCAUUCAGUUUUUUCAUUCUUUUUCAUUUUCAUUUGUUCUCUUUCUUUUCAUUGUUUGUUUCCUUUCGUUCAUUUCUCAUUCGUUUUACUUGUCACUCUGUUUUCAUUCAGUUUUUUCAUUCUUUUUUAUAUUCAGUUAUUUUCUUAUUAUUUGUUUCUUUUCGUUCAUUUCUCAUUCGUUUUACUUGUCACUUUUUUUUCAUUCAUUUUUCAUUCUUUUUCAUUUUCAUUUUCAUUUGUUUUCUUUCUUUUCAUUAUUUGUCCCUUUUCGUUCAAUUCUCAUUCGUUUUACUUAUCACUCUGUUUUCAUUCAGUUUUUUCAUUCUUUUUUAUAUUCAAUUAUUUUCUUAUUAUUAUUUGUUUCUUUUAGUUCAUUUCUCAUUCGUUUCUCGUGUCACUCUUUUUUCAUUCAGUUUUUCAUUUUUGUCAUUUUUCAUUUGUUUUCUUUUUAUUAUUUGUCUUUUUCAUUUGGUUCAUUUCUCAUUUCUUUUCGUGUCACUCUUUUUUCAUUCAUUUUUUCAUUUUUUUUUCAUUUUCAUUUGUUUUUUUUUAUUAUUUGUCCCUUUUCGUUCAUUUCUCAGUCGAUUUCUUUGUCACUCGUUCAUUUCUCAUUCAUUUUUAUUGACACCCUUUUUUUUCAUUCAUUUUCUUUUUCAUUCUUUUUUCAUUUCCAUUUGUUUUCAUCAUUCUUUCCCCUUCCAUUCUGUUUGGGCUUUUCAUUCAUUUCUUUCUUUUUUUUAUUGUUCCUCUUCUUCUUGUAUAAUAUCUUUCUUUCUUUUUUUUCUCUCUUCAUUAUUCAUUCAUCUUUAAUGCCACAUUUUUUAUCUUUCUUUUUCAUCCUUCACUUUUUCAUUACUGUUCUUUUUCUCUCACUAUUUCUCUCCUCCCAUUGUUUUCCUUCGUUUGUCUACGUUCUUCUUUCUUUUGAUUUUUCUAUCUAUCUAUCUAUCUAUCUAUCUAUCUAUCUAUCUAUCUAUCUAUCUAUCUAUCUAUCUAUCUAUCUCAUUAUGUUUAUUUCUCUCUUUAUCUAUGUAUAUUUCUCGUUUGUACAUUUUUUCUGUUCUGCUCUGGGUUUUUUUCUCUCUUUUUUCCUUCCUUCCUUCAUUCCUUCCUUUCUCCCUUCCUUCCUUCCUUCUUUCUUUCUUUCCUUCGUUCGUUCUUUCGUUCUUUAUUUCAUUCGUUCAUUCUUUCUCUUUCUUUCGCCAUUUCUUUCUUUCGUCCUUUCUCUCUUUCUUUCCUUUGUUCGUUCGUUUUUUCGUUCUUUCUUUCGAUUUUUCUUACGUUCUUUCUUUCUUUCGCUCGUUCGUUGUUUCUUUCGUUUUGUCUUUCUUUCGAUUUUCGUUUGUUCUUUAUUUUUUUCUCUUUCUUUCGCCCGUGUUUCUUUCAUCCUUUCUCUCUUCCUUUCUUUCAUCCAUUCUCUCUUCCUUUCUUUCUUUCUUUCUUUCUUUCGUCCUUUCUCUCUUUCUUUCCUUCACUCGUUCUUUCUUUCGUUCUUUCUUUCUUUCGACCUUUCUUUCGACCUUUCUUUCGACCUUUCUUUCCUUCGUUCAUUCGAUCUAUCUAUCUAUCUAUGCAAAUAUAUUAAUAUCUAUGUCCGUAUAUUAAUAUCUAUCUAUCUAUCUAUCUAUCUAUCUAUCUAUCUAUCUAUCUAUCUAUCUAUCUAUCUAUCUAUAUUAUCUAUUAUCUAUCUAUCUAUCUAUCUAUCUAUCUAUCUAUGUCAGUAUAUUAAUAAAUAUCUAUCUGUCUGA